AUGAGAUGGUGGCUAUUCCCAGUGCUGCUUCUACUGAUGGUUGCGGCCAUGAAGCUUGAACCCGAAUCGGAGGAAUCGAUUUGCGAGGUUUCCAAGAACAUCGUGCAAGGUGCCAUGAACUAUUACUUGGGUAAUGAGUAUGGUGGAACUGUGGGUAUGUUUUCUGCUCCUUACUACUGGUGGCAGGCCGGUGAGGUUUUUGGCGGCUGGAUCGACUACUUCCACUUCUGCAAGCCAGACAACAAGACGUUUGAGAAGAUCUUGUACGAUGCUAUGUUGCAUCAGGCUGGCUCCAAGUUUGACUAUAUGCCUAGUAACCAGAGUAUGACUGAAGGUAAUGAUGACCAGGGUGUGUGGGGAUUGACGCUUCUUCAGGCUGUGGAGCGUAACUUUACCGAUAACAAGGAUAACUCGUGGUUGUCAAUGGCCCAGUCUAUCUAUAACCAGAUGCUGUCUCGUUGGGAUACCACCACAUGUCAUGGUGGUUUGAGAUGGCAGAUUUUCACCUGGAACUCGGGUUACAACUAUAAGAACUCUAUUUCCAACGGUUGUUUCUUCCACAUUGCUGCCCGUUUGUACAGAUACACUGACGACGAGCGGUACCUUGAGCAAGCCGAGAAAAUCUGGGACUGGAUGUGGGGUGUUGGUUUCAUGACCGACGAAGAUGGUGAGUUUAUCAUCUACGAUGGUGCUGACGACCAGACUAACUGUACCGACUUGACUAUCCACAAAUGGUCCUAUAUUUAUGGUGUGUUCUUGGGUGGCUGUGCGUACCUUUACAACUCUACUGAGGAUGAGAUCUGGAAAACGAGAGUGGAAGAAAUCUUGGAGGCUUCCGAAUACUUCUACAAGGACGACGUGUUGCAAGAAACUACAUGUGAGCCAUGGAAGAUGUGUAACAAUGACCAGCGUUCUUUCAUUGCGCUCUUGGUGAGAAAUAUGGGUUUGACCGCAUCCUUGAUUCCAAGCUUGCGUGAUAACAUCAGAAACAGAAUGUUGAGAUCUAGUGCAAUCGCUGCAGCACAAUCCUGUUCCGGUGGUGAGGAUGGUAUUACUUGUGGUCAGAACUGGCAUGAAAACGGUUGGGAUGGCUUGUACGGUUUGGGUGAGCAAAUGAAUGCUUUGGAAACCGUCAUGACCAUGAUCACAGUGGACCACGAGCCAUACACCGCCGAUAACGGUGGUUCUUCCAAGUCCGUCCCGGACGCAGGUAAUCACUCCACAACAUCGGUUAACAAUAACCUUUUUGAUGUUGAGACCAAAGACAAGGCCGGUGCUGCUAUCUUGACGGCAGUGGUGUUGGGUUUGACCUUGUCGGGAGGCGUUUGGAUGUUGUUUUAA